UAUCUAUAUGUCACCUCCUUUCCUCAAGCACUCACUCCAUUUCACAAAGCUAAACAAAGAACCAAGUUUUGAGAAGAAAAAUAUGGAAGAAUUAGAUACCUUUUAUCCACCAGAUUCUGAUCUUGAUCUAAGUUUCACAAGUUGUGCUUCCAUUACAACUACCACAACUGAUCGUACCCUUAGUGCAAGAAGCAGUUUGGCUCGUAGCAGCCUUACACUCAGCUUCAACGACCGUCUUUCCUCUACAUCUUCUACAAAUAAUCCCUCCACCGAAAUCCCCAAUCUCCACCGCCGUCCCCACCGCAAGCACGAUCCUAAUUGGUCUGCCAUUAAGGCGGCCACCACCCUUUCCUCUGACGGCGCUCUUCAUCUCCGCCACCUUAAACUCCACCGCCUUGUGGGGUCCGGAAACCUCGGCCGCGUUUUCCUCUGCCGCCUCCGUGACUAUGAUCACGCUAACUUUGCUCUUAAGGUCAUUGACCGGGAUUCCCUUACAUCUAAAAAACUCUCUCAUGUUCAAACAGAGGCUGAGAUCCUCUCCUCGCUAGACCACCCUUUUCUCCCUACACUCUACGCUCAUUUAGAAGUCUCUCAUUACACUUGCUUGCUUAUUGAUUUCUGCCCUAAUGGUGAUCUCCAUUCCUUGCUCCGCAAGCAACCUGGUAACCGGCUACCCGUUGAAUCUGUCAGAUUCUACGCGGCUGAGGUACUCAUAGCAUUAGAAUAUCUACAUUCGCUUGGAAUAGUGUAUCGUGAUCUAAAGCCCGAAAAUAUUCUAAUACGCGAAGAUGGUCACAUUAUGCUCUCCGACUUCGACUUGUGUUUCAAAUCCGAUGUUUCACCGAAACUAGAUUUCACCACCCGCACUCUAGAAAGAUCUAAAAGAAGAUACAGUUGUUUCAGUGACCGGCUACGGGAAGAAACGGUCACCGAGUUCGUGGCCGAGCCAACAGGUGCAUUUUCCAGAUCAUGCGUUGGGACCCACGAGUACUUAGCGCCGGAGCUCAUCAGCGGAGCCGGCCACGGUAACGGUGUGGACUGGUGGGCGUUUGGCGUGUUACUGUACGAGUUGUUGUAUGGAACGACACCGUUUAAGGGGAACAGUAAAGAGUCCACCCUGCGCAAUAUAGCAUCCAGCAAAGGAGUGAAGUUUAACGUAGAAGAAACUCAAGGAAAUGAGCCUUCAGGAAUGGGAGAAGCAAGGGACUUGAUUGAGAGAUUAUUAGUGAAGGAUCCAAGGAGGAGGCUAGGAUGCGCCAGGGGUGCAACGGAUAUUAAACGUCACCCAUUCUUCGCCGGAAUAAAAUGGCCGUUGAUCAGAACUUACCGGCCGCCGGAGGUACGUGGGCUAAGUAUAAAGAGGACCAAGAGUAAGUUGCACGUGAGUCACGUGACUGGAGUAACAUCAUCAUCAUCAUCAUCCCCAAGAAGAAAGCGUUGUUGGUGGAAAAGGCUGGGGUAUCUAAUGAGGAUUAAGGGAUCUAAGUACAAUUUAAAUUCUAAUCAUAAUUAUUAUUGUUAUACUAAUCAGAAGGUUAGAAAAUGUGCUUAAAUCCAUUUCAGCCUUUGUAACCAUUUAUAUUGUCUUUUUUCCCCUUACAUUUUUUGUACAAGUUUGUAAAGGAAGAGUUAGGGAACAUAUAUCAAUUUUGGGAAUCUGUUUAAUUUUACUUUUUCAUUCUUGCUUUGUUUCCUCUUUGAGGAAAAUUUAAUACAUAUUUGUAUAUGAUAAAGAAAGUAAUGGAAGAAAAGUAUUUUCACUAAUUCUGUA